AGAGGAGCCCGGGGUAAGAUCUCCUCUCACUUGUCCCCCUCUGCCUAACGCAGCUUCCCAGAAUUCCCCCAGCUCCGGCCCGAGCCCACCUGGCUCGGCGAGGCGCGGCGACCCGGAGGCGGACAGACAAGCCCAAGCUAGGCCUCGCUUCCGGCCUCUCGCCCAGUCGCCAUGGCAACAAGCGCGGGGCCGCUUGGGAACCGUUGAGCUUCCAGAGCCAUUGGAGGAUCAAGGUGUUGUAGUGAGACGGGUUUUGCAGUUACUGUCCAUGAGACCAGAGUGGGGACCAGACCAGGUCAGAAGUCUAGAUGUCAGAAGAGAGCUGGCGCCAAAAAGAAAUUUCAGCAGACCAAAGUGACUGUCCUACCGAGUUAUGGUCUUCCGAGGCUCCCGUAGCACCGCACAGCUCCAGCGGCACCUCCCUCCCGGAAAUUUGUCCACGCCCUACUUCGGCCCGCCUAGAGGCGGCAGGUCCCCAGAGCGCCUCCCGAGCUCUUCUCGGGACUGUACCCAUGGCCACCUUCGAGGAGGUGAGCGUGUCCGGCUUCGAGGAGUUCGACCAGGCUGUGAAGGAGCACGAGGGCAAGACCAUUUUCGCCUAUUUUAGUGGUUCUAAGGAUGCCGAAGGGAAGAGCUGGUGUCCGGACUGUGUGGAAGCUGAGCCAGUCGUUCGAGAGGGACUGAAGCAUGUUACUGAAGACUGUGUGUUCAUCUACUGCCAAGUAGGAGACAGACCUUACUGGAAAGACCCAAGUAAUGACUUCAGACAAAAACUGAAAUUAACUGCAGUGCCUACACUACUUAAAUAUGGAACACCUCAAAAACUUGUGGAAUCUGAGUGCCUUCAACCCAACCUCGUGGAAAUGAUAUUCUCUGAAGAUUAAGAUUUGGUGAUAGCACUGGGUGUUAGUAGAGCACGAUUUUGAUCCCAGUACUUGGGAGGCAGAGGUAGUCAAAUCUGUGAGUUCAAGG